AUGGUUUCCUACCGCUCGCUAUGGCUUCUGGCCCUUGCGCCUCUUGCCAAUUAUGUGUCUGCUCAACAAUCAACGCCCGCAUCCUACACCGACCCCGACACUGGGAUCGUCUUUGACACAUGGACUGCAGCCCGCAUGACUUUCGGUUUCAGUUUUCCCGCCAAUGGCCAGACCACAAACGCCGAUGAGUUCAUCGGAUACCUCAACUGCGCGACUCCCAGCGGGAAGGGCACUGGAUGGUGCGGUCUCUCCUACGGCGGACCCAUGACAAACUCGCUCUUACUCAUGGCCUACCCUCACGAUGGCGAUAUUCUUACGUCCUUCCUUUGGGCCAACGCCCAGGUCGAGCCUGUCCCGUACAAGGGUAAGGCUGUUCUGACCCAGAUCUCUUCCAGCAUCACUGCGGAUGGCUUCACUCUUAUCUACCGCUGCCAGGGCUGCACUUCCUGGUCACAAGACGGAAACUCGGGUCAAUUGGCAACCACAUCUUCGAUUGCUGUUCUCGGUUGGGCUCAUAGCACCACCAAUGUGAUCGACCCGGAGUGUCCCCGCGAGGCCAGUAUGCUCCAGCACGACACCCAGAGUAUCUUUGGUGGCCAACUUACUAGCAACGCCUUCAACAGCAAGUAUGAUACGUGGGCUAAGCUUGCCACCAAGGUUGUCGAGGGUGACUGUGGUAGUGGGCAGCCUACUUCUACCGCCACCAGUCAGCCUACCUCCACGGCUGCACCUAGCGGUACCCCCGUGCCAGACGAGACAUACGAUUACGUCGUUGUCGGCGGUGGCGCUGGUGGUAUCCCCGUAGCCGACCGUCUCAGCGAGGCUGGUAAGAAGGUCCUUCUCAUUGAGAAGGGGCCUCCAUCCUCUGGUCGUUGGGGCGGUACCCGUAAACCAGACUGGCUCGCAGGCACCAACCUGACUCGUUUCGAUGUUCCCGGUCUAUGCAAUGAGAUUUGGGCUGACUCUUCCGGCAUUGCCUGCCCUGACACCGAUCAGAUGGCCGGUUGUGUUCUCGGUGGAGGCACCGCCAUCAACGCUGGUCUGUGGUGGCGACCCAACCCAACAGACUGGGACUUUAACUUUCCCGAUGGCUGGAAGGCUAAAGAUAUGGCCACUUACGAACAGCGUGUCUUUGGCCGUAUUCCAGGUACGCGUGUCCCGUCUAUGGAUGGUAAGCUAUACCUCGACCAGGGCUACAAGAUUGUUGCUGGAGCACUUGACAAGGCUGGCUGGAAGGAGGUAAACGCUCUUGAGCAGCCGGCCGCGAAGAACCGUACUUAUACACAUACACCCUACAUGUUCUCCAAUGGUGAGCGCGGUGGGCCUCUUGCUACGUAUCUCGUUUCUGCAAAAGCGCGCAACAACUUCAAGUACUGGACCAACACCCAGGUCAGGCGUGUUAUUCGCUCCGGUGGUCACGUUACCGCCCUUGAAGUCGAGCCCUUUUCUGGCGCUGGUUAUGUCGGCACUGUCAAGCUGACUCCCGAGACUGGUCGCGUUGUUCUUGCAGCUGGCACUUUCGGCAGCGCUAAGAUUCUCCUUCGCAGUGGUAUUGGCCCAGAUGACCAGCUCAGUGUUGUGGCCAACUCUAGUCGCGAUGGUAACUCGAUGAUCGCUAAAGAGCAGUGGAUCAACCUCCCUGUCGGCUAUAAUCUCGAGGACCAUACCAAUACCGACACAGUGAUAAAGCACCCCGAUGUCGUGUUCUACGACUUCUACGAGGCCUACGAUGACCCCAUCCCAACUGAUAAGAAGAAGUACCUAGAUGGGCGCUCCGGCAUUCUCGCUCAAGCUGCCCCCAACAUUGGCCCGAUCAUCUUUGACGAGAUUCCUGGUGCUGAUGGCCGAGCUAGAUCAAUGCAGUGGACCGCUCGUGUUGAGCCCAGUCUCGGCGAGACUAGCAACAAGUCCAUCACCAUUAGCCAGUACCUCGGCCGUGGGGCUAAGUCACGCGGUCGCAUGACCAUUACAAGUGCUCUCAACACCGUCGUCUCUGGUAACCCCUACCUCAAUGAUCCAGAAGACAAGAAGGCUGUUGUGACAGCCCUCGACAACCUUCGCAAAGCUCUUUCUGGUGUGCAGGGUCUGGAAUGGCUCCAGCCCGCUCCUGGUGUCACCUCCCAGAAAUAUGUCGACGAUAUGGUCGUGUCGUGGAGCAACCGCCGUGCCAACCACUGGAUUGGCACCAACAAGCUCGGCAAGGAUGAUGGUCGCCAAGGCGGUACUGCUGUCGUUGACCUCAACACCAAGGUCUAUGGCACUGACAACCUCUUCGUUACCGACGCUUCUAUCUUCCCGGGCAUGGUCACCACCAACCCCAGUUCCUACAUCGUCACCGUCGCAGAGAGGGCCAGUGCCGCUAUCUUAGCCCUCCCCGUCUCCAAGGCCCAGGGACAGUAUCAGCAGUGCGGUGGCAAUGAGUGGACCGGGAACAUGCAGUGUGGCAAGGGCUUCUACUGCAAGAUUCUAAACCCAUUCUACUCUCAGUGCUACCCUGAUUCUAAGCGAUGA